AUGGCAACGUUAAGCUGUUUCCAACUAUACGUCCAAGUAACAAUUCGAGCGUUGUGCGGUCUACACGUACACGUAUGGUUUCUAAUAUUUCACGAACCUAUUCACUUUAAUAUUUCGUUAGUCAAAUUUUGCUUCGCUAUAGUAAAUAGUAUAUUGUGCUCUGCAUUGUAUAGGCUUGGUUUCACUAUAAAAACAUUAACAAUAAGGUGGGCCUUAUUUGCCGCAGGUACCUUAUUCGCAUUUCAGCAAGUAAUUGCGAAAAUCGCUGGAAAGUGCUAGAAAGGAAUUAUAAAAAAAAUAUUGAUAAUAACCAACAAAUAGGCAGGGGUCGAAAAGUGUUCGAAUAUGCCGAUAUAAUGGCUGACAUAACGGGCAAGAAAAUAAAUAUUAACAACAAAUUUUGGAAGAAACAGAAGGAAUGGCAGAAUCCAACAAUGAAAAUGUGGAAGCGGAACCUUUGCCAUCAAAACAAGCAGUACCCAAAAGAAAACAUAAGCCGUUAUUUUGCAAGAAAUCAGAAACGAUCGUAGAGCUUUUUAGAAAAGACAAUUGGAAAUGGAAGAAAAAAAAUUAGAAGAAAAAAUAAAUGCUGUAUUAGAAAAACGUAAUGUUUUAUUGGAGCGAUUUUUGCAAGCUAACAGUUACUCCCCUGUUGUUGACAUAUCACCCUGAUUUUGUUAUUGUUGCCAUUGAGAAUGUGAUUAUUUGUGUUUCCUCAUAUUUAGUUUAUUUGGUUUUUUCUUAUUGA